AUGGUUUUUCCUAAAGUCCUCUUUCUGUCCACUCUGUCUGGCAUCGCUGCGGUUACCUCUGCUGAGUCCGGCUGCCGCUGUGGCGAUUCAGCUUAUCUCGCCAUUCCCCGCGUCAACUUAUCCACACCUGAGCAAUUGAAGCCAUGUGCUACCUACAAACUUCUUGAUGCCCGAGGAUCUGGAGAGCCGCAGGGUGUAUCCCUUAUGUUCCAAAAUACUAUUCAGCGGAUUUUAGCCAACAAUACUGGCGCCGUUAGCCAAGCCGUCGUCUACCCAGCUGGAUUCGACCAGAAUGUUACCAGUGGUGUAAAGUUCGUUACCGAUAUUAUCAAAUAUGGCCUUCAGGAUUGCCCGAAGCAAAAGUACUUCCUCUUUGGCUAUUCUCAGGGCGCAACUGUGGUUCAGAGAGCGCUAAGUGAACUUGAUGAUGCAAGUAUGGCCGCUGUUAGCAGCGUUGUGAUGGUUGGCAACCCGUAUCGCACGCCUGGUAGACUCUCCAACUAUGACAGUCAAGGCCACCGUGACAACCGCAUUGCAUAUGGGUUAUUUGCCGUCCAGUCCCUACAGUCAAAUGACAGCAUCCUUACGUUCAACGAUGGCGUUGACCGCAGUGGAAAGGUCGCUGAUAUCUGCUUGGAGAAUGAUAUUGUCUGCUCUUUUGACCCGAAUUGCACGUGCCAGCUUGCUAGUGAUCACUUAUCGUACGGGCUGAUGAAGCCUGUCCAAGACCAGAUUUUCGAUCAUGUUAUCUCUCGACUCUAG